AUGUAUCUUCUUGGUGUGCAUUUGGCGGAUCACAAGCUUGUCAGGAUCGCCCUGACGAACUUCUACGGCAUCUCAUACGACACGGCGAACCGGCUGUGCGCCCGGCUCUCGCUGCACGAUCGAGCGACGGUCUCGUCUCUCACGGAAUCGCAGAUCACCCAACUCUCCGCAUACCUCUCCUCCCCUGGCUCGAUCCCCGCGCGAAAACCAUCGCCCACAUCCCUAUCAACCGCCGAAGAGGACCUCGCUCGACCGUCGCUAGAUCCCAACCCCGCGAACGACCCGCUACGACAGAUCAAGAUCGAGGCAGACCUCAAACGCGUCCUCCACGCCAACAUCAACCACCACCGAAACGUAGGCAGCUACAGGGGAAGGAGACAUGCAAGCCAUCUGCCGGUGAGAGGUCAGAGAACGAGCACGAAUGCGAAUACGGCCAAGAAGCUGAACCGGUUGGAGAGGAGGGGGUUGGCGACGCAGGUGGAGCGAGCGAGGCGCGAGGUUUCGUUGGAGGAGCUGAUGAGGCCGUUGGCGAGGUUGAGAUUUGCACAGGAGCAUGAGUAA